CACAUGACAAGUUCUGGUUUUCUUCAAAAUGCGGAAAACAAAGUGAUUGGAUGCAAUGGAUGAUAGCUAGAGUGUUGUUUUGAUUCCUCAGAGCUAAGUUUAGCCAUCAAUGCCAUGUGGGUGCCUAUUGUGAGACUUUUCCGUCGGAUACCUCUGUUACCGUAUGUGUUUCUCGCUGUACUGGCCCUUUUAGGAGUCUCAUUUCUGAGACAGGAUAAACAAUCAUCACAGUUAGAAGAAAUUGACUCCCUAGAACUUCGCAUAUCGGAGCUGCAGAAACGUCUGAAUUAUUUGCAAGGAGAGAAAAGUCAGCGCGAUGUUAAUCCAAAGCUCAGAGGUCAAUUGGAUAAACCGGAAGGAGAACAAAACGUUCCUAGGCAUCCAGAUGUGGCUGGGAUGGUGCUGCCAGUGCUGAUGAUGGCGUGUAACAGACCAACAGUUGGCAGGGCGCUGGACUCACUGCUGCGACACAAUCCAGAUCUCACCAGGUUUCCAGUCAUUGUCAGUCAGGACUGCGGAGAUGUGCCUACUGCCAAAGUAAUCGAAAAAUACCUCCCUAAAAUCACACAUAUCAAGCAUGUGAACAACACUCCAAUAAAGACGAAAAAGAAAGGGGAAAAUAUGGGCUACUACAAAAUAUCCAGACAUUACUUGUGGGCUCUAACUCAGAUAUUUGACGUGCACGACUACAGUGCAGUGGUGAUUGUGGAGGACGAUCUGGAAAUAUCGCCAGACUUCUACGAGUACUUUCUGGCCACGUACGCUCUGCUGGAACAGGACCCCACUCUGAUGUGUGUGAGUGCGUGGAAUGACAACGGUAAACAGAACUUCAUAGACGAGAGCACACCGCAGAUGCUCUACCGCACAGACUUCUUCCCCGGACUGGGCUGGAUGCUCAACAAGAACACCUUCAAACAGCUCCAACCCAAGUGGCCGGCCGCGUACUGGGACGACUGGCUGCGGGAGCCAGCACAGAUGGGCCAGGGGAUGAGGUCCUGCAUUCGUCCAGAGGUGUCCCGCACCAGCACAUUCGGCCAGAAGGGAGUGAGCAACGGGCAGUUCUUCAACCAACACCUGCAGUACAUACACCAUGCAGGAUCCAAUGUUCACUUCACUCAGCUAGAUCUAUCCUACUUGAUAAAGGAGAACUUUGACGCUCUGAUGGACGAGGAGCUGGAAAAAGUACCAGUGGUGGGAGUGGACGAGGUGACGAAGACAGUGACUGAUCACUCGAAAGUGAGGGUGGAGUACAAGGACAAUAAGGACUUCACAGACAAGGCCAAGAGGUUCUCCAUCAUGACUGACAUGAAGAGUGGUAUUCCACGCACUGCAUACAGGGGAGUGGUCACCUUCAUCCACAUGGGCGUCAGAGUGUACCUGGUGCCGAAACGCCCAUGGACCGGAUACCACACUUGAAUUAUACCACACACGACCGACGAUUAAGAACCGAAGAAAGGGUCAGAGGUGUCAACAAAUCAAUCAACUAGCCAAACCCCAAUUUAAAAUGUCCCAACACAUAUCUGAAGCUGAAGCUGCGUCCCCUGAGCAACUGCGUAUGCGUUUGCUGGAAUAGAAGGAGAUUGAUUUCAAAAUGGUCAUCCAGACUCAAACUGAACAGUUUUGCGAAUUUGGAAACACUGAUGCAAUCUGUUCAUUUACUAUGUAUUCGUUCAUUCCUCUUUAAAUCAAUUCAAGGUCAAAAACUCCAUCAAAUGGGAUUUUAAUUAACAAUAAACUUUGUAUCUUUGUACAUUUAAGUUACAUCCAGGUGCUAUUCCACACACACUGUUGAAGAGUUACUUGUGAAACUUGCUGCAAUUUAGUUUCUUUAAUUGUUCCAACUUGGCUGUAAGAUUGCCGCAACACAAUUCAAUUUGAAAAAAAAAGAGGCAGAGACCACGUUACAUGCAAGUCUGUGAGGUAAAUCUCGAGUAAGUUUCUGAUUUCUAUUGUUCAUUGAAAGCGGAAAAGGCUGAUUGGUCAAUACAAUACAAUGUCUGACCCCACUGGUGAAUUUAAGAUAGCAAAGCGCACUCCUCUUCAAUACAUCCUGAUCCUGUGAUCAUUGAAACAAACUAUUGAGUCAAUCUGAUGAUAGAACGUGUGAGUAGCAAGCAAGUAGGCG